AAAACAGCAUCAUAUCAUUUUGUUCAUCUCGCAAGAAGCAAAAAAAUGGCAGCAGCCGUAGCUGGAGUGAACUUCGCCGCCGUGAAAGUGUUCGCUAGGGCAUCGGAGCAGCCGAAAUCCGUGAGCUUCUCGCAGUUGAACAACCCGUGGAGGCGGAGCGUGAGCGUGCCACUGAGAAGGAUGUGCGUAGCCGCGGCGCCGGACAAGCUGACCAACAAGGUGGAGGAGAGCAUCAAGGCUGCGGAGGAGGCGUGCGCGGGCGAUGCGGUGAGCGGGGAGUGCGCGGCAGCAUGGGACGAGGUGGAGGAGCUGAGCGCGGCGGCCAGCCACGCCAGGGACAAGCACAAGGACUCCGACCCCUUGGAGACCUACUGCAAGGACAAUCCCGAGACCGACGAGUGCCGUACUUAUGAUAAUUAAUUCUUCUUCUUCUUCUUCUUUAUUGUUGCUGUAAUGUUUUUUUUUAUAUAUAUUUUUAAGGAUUUUCGAUAUUUACGGUUUAUUGUUAGUUGUUACAGUAUGCAACUCAUUAUACGAUACUUAUUCAAACAUACAUCGCUUGUUGAUUAGAGAAUAUAAUUAGAUGGAGUAGUAUUUAUGAGCAA